ACCAAAUUCAUGUAUAGUUGGUAAUAAUCGCGUUGUAUCAAUGUUUCUCAUAUCCGACACUAAUAAGUGCGAAUAUGUUUCAAAUCAACUUUUUUUUUUUAAUUAUUUAUUUUUCCCCUUCGCGCUUGCCGUAGUUGCAAAGCAGAUUUCGCGGGCAGUUUGAGUUGGUGAUGGCGGCCACAACGUCCAUGUUGACUUCACUCGCUCUUUCUAAACUGCUCAAGUCACGUCGGAGUUCAUUGACGGUAACUUUGUUGGCUUAAACAUCACAUUUAGGUUUAGGGUCUUCUAGGCGCGAUGCGAGACGUCACAAGCGGGCUAACGUUGAGCCAAACAGCAGCUUCGAGGCACGGGCGGAAAUGAGAAGGAGUUUGGCCCCCAGUCAGGUCGCCAAACGGAAGCAAGGGGAGGAUGAUCAUCGAGACGAAAUAUAUUAUAUUAACCACGAGCGGUUCUCGAGAGAAGAUGAAUGGAGAAAAUUGGGACAGUGAUGAAGAAGUCCAAGUUCCAUGGCCACUCAACAAAGCAGGAGGAAGGAAGCAGUCACAAACCAAAUACGUGGCAAGAAUUCUGAGAUUUGGUGAAGACACACGUGAACUGACGCCAUAUUUGAAAGCCGCUCAGGAUGGCAAGGAUGUACCCCUUACUGGUGAUUUGGAAUAUGGCAGAGGCAAGAGAAAAAAACAGCCAAAGUCUUGGUCAUCAGACAGUGAGAGCAAGGAUGAAAGUGACGAGGAGACUCUAUCUGACAGACAGCAGAAGAAAAAGAGGAAAGUAAGCCAUACAGCUGUGGGAUAUGAUGCUCGGGCACAAUUGAAGGCCCAACUUGCUGCUCUGGGAAGAACUUCACCGAAAGAUACAUGUACAGAAAUGGAAUCCCUGAAGAAGGAAGUCCUCCAGUUGAGAGAGGAAAACAAAUCCCUUCGAGAUGCAUUGAGGGUUGUUGAAGGACUUCCUGGCCUGCUAAUGAAGAUGGACGACUUAUCACGUCAGGCAACAAUACUAUCAGCUUGACGUCCUGCUGUCGCUCUGCCAGAGAGGAGCUGGCCAACAGCAGCUUGACAGGAAAAAAAUCCAAUGCUUUUAAGGAUAAGCAUGAGAAACCAAAACUGGAUGACAAGAAAGUGUCUGCUAUUAUUGAUUUUGUGAAGAAGCUCCAUCCCUCAAGUGAAGCAAAUGUGAUAAAGAAAAUCAUUGGAGUGAAACUGAACAUUGCGCAGAAAAUGGAAAAAAAGAAGGCCUCAGAAACAAAUUCUGCUGGACGUCUAGCCGUCUCUAACAGUCGGGGAAGCGCGGUGAUCAUGUUGAUUUAUGCUGCUGACAUUUAUUUAUUACGUCAAGAUUUGAGUUACAUGUAU